GAGCAUAAUUGGCCCCUAUGCAGAGGCUGGAUGGACCCCCCCCAGCCAUGACUGCCCGAGGGAACCCCCAGCAGCAGCAGCAGGGCAGUGGUGGGGGUGACCAGGAGCCGCCCCCUGCCAGCAAUCAUGAGGAGCAGCAGCCGCAGCAGCAGCUUGCCGAGGAGCCCCCUGCGGAAGAGGCCCCCCCUUCCGUGGUGGUGGAAGAGGAGGAGGAAGAAUUCCCACUGGCGGAGCUGGCGCGCCUCGACGAGAUGAUCAACCGGCCACGCUGGGUGGUGCCUGUGCUACCCAAGGGCGAGCUCGAAGUGCUACUUGAGGCUGCCAUCCGCCUCUGCAGGCAGGGGCGGGACGUGCAGAGUGAGCCAUGCCAGCGGUUCUUCCGUGAGGGCCUCACCAUCUCCUUCACCAAGAUCCUCACCGACGAGGCAGUCAGCGGAUGGAAAUUUGAGAUACACCGCUGCAUCAUGAAGAACUGCGAGCGGCUGGUGGAGCUAUGCGUCACCAAGCUGCACCAGGACUGGUUUCCUCUGCUCGACCUGCUCGCCAUGGUGCUGAACCCACACAACAAGUUCCACUCGUACAAUGGAACACGGCCCUCGGAUUCAGUGCCUCCGGGAUCUCAGAUUCCAGAUGACCAAGUGUUUGCCCGUCCUGUUGACACCAGGACGCCCAAGGGUUGGGUGGUGGACCUGAUCAACCGCUUUGGCAACCUGGGGGGCUUCACCAUCCUGCUGGAACGGUUCCGCUCGGGACCCCCACUGUCCGUGGCUGUCAUAGCUGCACUCAUCCGGCCGUUUGGGCUGUGCCACAGCCUGCUGACAGUACCCACAGUGGAGCGGUACCUGAUGCCCAUCGUGUCACUGGUGCCCGCCUUCCUGGAGCGCCUGUCGGACGAGGAGCUCAAGCGCGAAGCCAAGAACGAGAGCAAGAAUGAUGCCCUGGCGGCCAUUGUACGUGCCUUGCGCUCUCUUGCCGCCAUGGUGCCCCACCAGGAAGAGACUGUGCGCGCGCUCGAGAUGUUCCGCCUGCGCAUGAUCCUCAGGCUACUGCAGAUCUCCUCAUUCAACGGCAAGAUGAAUGCGCUCAACGAGGUGAACAAGGUGAUCGCCAACGUGUCCUACUAUGCCCACCGGCACACUGACGAAGAGGAGUGGCUCACAGCUGAACGCAUGGCGGAGUGGAUCAAGGAGAACCGGGUGCUGCAGAUUGUUUUGCGAGACAGCCUGCAUCAGCCACAGUAUGUGGAGAAGCUGGAGAAGAUAGUGCGCUUUGUGAUCAAGGAGAAGGCCCUGACCCUGGCCGACCUGGACGACCUGUGGGCGGCACAGCACGGCAAGCACGAGGCCAUUGUGCAGAACGUGCACGACCUGCUCGCCAAGCUGGCCUGGGACUUCUCGCCCGAGCAGCUGGACCAUUUGUUUGGACGCUUCCAGGCCAGCUGGGCCAGCGCUGCCAAGCGCCAGCGAGAGAAGCUGCUCGAGCUGAUCCGCCGGCUGGCCGAGGACGACAAGGAGGGUCUCAUGGCUCACAAGGUGCUCCAGCUGCUGUGGAACCUGGCGCAUAGCCGCGAGGUGCCCACCGACACCAUGGAGCUCGCCCUGAGCUUCCACGUCAAGAUACUCGACUACAGCUGCUCCCAGGACCGGGACGCCCAGAAGACCCUCUGGCUGGACCGAUGUGUCCAGGAGCUGCGGCAGGACCCGCAGUGGGCGCUACCGGCACUGCGGCACAUGCAGGAGGUGGCUGGCCUGUACUCGGAGGCCCCGUUGGGGCCCGCUCGGGCAGCGGGCAGCGGGGGUGGGCCGGCACCCGGGGGCCAAGCCCUGUACCGGCACGAAGUGAUCAAUCGGCUGCAGCAACAGCACUCGCUUGUUGUGCUGGUGGCGGACGGGCUCUCGGCCUACAUGGCGCAUGCACGCCAGUUGCUGGCCGAGCGGCCCGACCCGACGCAAGUGUACGGGGACAGCCGCUACAGCCACGUGCAGCAGGUGCAGGAGCGGCUCAAGUUCCUGCGCUUCCUGCUCAAGGAUGGUCAGCUGUGGCUGUGCGCGGCGCAGGCCAAGCAGAUCUGGCACUGCCUCGCCGAGAACGCCGUGUACCCGACCGACCGGGAGGCCUGCUUCAAGUGGUUCUCCAAACUGAUGGGCGAGGAGCCCGACCUCGACCCUGAGAUCAACCAGGACUUCUUUGAGCAAAAUGUGCUGCAGCUGGACCCCGCGCUGCUGACGGAGAGCGGGCUGCGCUGCUUCGAACGCUUCUUCCGUGCCGUAAACUGCCGCCAAGGGCGGCUGCUGCUGCGCCGGCGCACGCACCUGCUCGAGGACCUUGAGCUGAUGGGGGCCGACUACCUGUGGCGCGUGGUGCUGCAUGCGCAGGAUGCUGUGGCUGACCGAGCCAUUGAGCUGCUGCGGGAGACGUACACCAACCUGGGGCCCCGGUUACAGGGCUCGCGCACUGAUAUUCACGAGGACAUGGUGCAGUCGUGCAUGGACCGGCUCAAGGCGGCCUACGACACGGUGUGUGCCCUCGGUGCGGGGGACGGGGCUGCCCGCGAGAGUGCCACUCGCAUGGUGCGCGUGCUGCGCGUGCUUUCUGAGUAUGUGGCCCAGUGCGACGGGGACUUCCCCCACGACCGAGCAAUCCUGCCCAUGGCCAGGGCUCACCGUGGAAGGCAGGUGGUGCUGACAGUGCGCUUUCCAAGCCAGGGACGACAGGUGGAAGACCUGGAGAUCACUGCGCACACAAAUGACACAUUGGGUGCAAUUCGACGGCAGAUCUACACCAGGGUGAAGGUGAACAAUGCAAGUAUGAAACUGGACCUGUUCCUCAACACAGAGUUGCUGGACCCAGCCGACGACAAGAAGCUCAUUGGACAGCUACCCAUCAAGGACAAAGCGGUGCUGUCAGCCAAGCUGAGCCAGCUAAACGCACAGCUGCCAUCAUCACCCGAAUCUAGCUCGGACAGCUCUGCAGGCUCACCCCAGCACCAAUACGAAGGGCCACACGCCGAUGCUGAGGCCUGCCUGCCCGGUGUGCUGAUGUCGAAGCAGCCCCGCUAUACCAACUUCCUGUUCAAGCUUGCAGACCUGGGCAGCACGUUACCGAUGGCCGAGCUGAGGGACAGCGCCCUAGGUUUGCUCAAGCUUCUGCCUGCAGAUGUGCAGACGGUGGAGCGGCUGCGCGAGCUGUGUGAGCAGCACCGUGGAGAAGGCGACCCAUCGGGGGCUGCGCUGGAGGCCCUGCUGCGCACUCUGUCGCCCACCGAGCUUCUCUACCACCUCGAGGUGGCCUACUCACUGCUGUUGCCUGCCCUGGCGCCUUGCUCCAAGGAAGCACAGGAAUUCCAGGCUGGCUUUGUGCGCGCGGGUGGCGUGGCCGUGGUGCUGCGCAUGCUAAGCGGCCUCAACUGCCCGGAUGGUGUGGACCCCGCCUGCCGCGGCUCAAGCCUUCUGGACCGGUCGCUCGUGGGCAGCACGAACUCAAACUUACAAACAGCAUCAUCAAGGCGUGGUUCGCUGCUGCUGCUGAAGCUGAGCAAGCUGCUGCUGACGGUGGUGGGCCACUGCCUCGCCCAGCAGGCACCCGAGGGUCUGGCCCAGGCCCUCAAGCACGUGCCCAGCAUGGGGCCCGAGGGCACCCUGCACUCGGUUGGCAUGCGGCUGGCAACCCUGCUUCGACACCAGGCCCUCCACCUGCCAGACCUGGGCACUAUACAAGCCGUCCUCAAGCUGGCCUGGGACUCGGCUGGACUGCCAGCCCCAGAAGAGGGCAGCGCUUCCAGUCAGGCGGCUGAUGAAGAGCUGUGCCAGGAGGCCCUGGAAACACUGACGCUGGCACUGAGCCUGCAGCCCUCGGCCCUGUCACAGCUGCUUGGGGACCCCGACUGGUCAAACUUUGUGCUCGACCUGCUGCUGCACUGCCCGCACAGGUCCAUACGCCAGUGUGCAGCUGAUCAGCUGUGCCUCAUUGCGACCAAGUGCACUGCAAGCGAGCUCUGCCUACUGUCCCUGGUGGAGCUGCUGUUUGCUCAGCUGCCUCGCCUGGAGGAUCUUGCGGAUAGCAGCCAGGAGCUGUUUGGGCUGCUGUGUCGUCUGCUGGGCGCUGCCUGCCGCUGCCCACUGCCUGCCCUGCAGCAGCUGCUUGCAGACGAGAUCGGGUGGCUCAAGCGCAUCAGGGAGAAGGUGCAGCAGACAGGCGGCCUGUCGGAUGCCGAGGAGUCCCUGCUCGAGGGUCACUUAGGAGUCGCACGUGAACUGGUAUCGCUCCUCUCACCAGCCGACAAGCACCACAUAGGCUCAGACUCUGGCAACACUGUUCACGGGAACCUGGUCAAGGAGCUGCUGGAGGACUUUGCUUUCCCGGCGUCCCGGGUGGAGGCUCAGCUGCGAGGUGGCGCCGGUGACGGGGGUGGCACGGCGGCAGUGGCCGUUUGCCCUGGGCCGGAUGCACUGCGCGCGGCCCUUGACCUGCUGGUGGCGCUGUGCACCCAGAGCCCCGAGAACCUGGCCACCUGCGCGGCACUCCUCUCGGACAUGUUCUAUGCCGAUCAGCCACCGCUGCAGGAGUGGGAGUACCUGCCCCCUGUGGGGCCCAGGCCCCGAGGAGGGUUCGUGGGCCUCAAGAAUGCUGGUGCCACCUGCUACAUGAACUCGGUCUUACAACAGCUUUACAUGAUCGAGAGCAUCCGCGAGGGCAUCCUGGCCGUGGAAGGUGCAGCCACCGACCCAAACGAGGACUUCUCGGGAGAGGAGCGGCCCGACCAUGAGGAGACACGUCCCUGCGAGGAAGGCCGGGAGGAGCAUCGCCGCGACUACCACCUGGGCGUGCUCAAACAGGUGCAGGCAGUCUUUGGUCAUCUGGCAGCAUCGCAGCUGCAGUACUACGUUCCACGCGGAUUCUGGCGCCACUUCAAGCUGUGGGGUGAACCGGUGAACCUGCGGGAACAGCACGAUGCGCUCGAGUUUUUCAACUCUCUGGUGGACUCGCUGGACGAGGCCCUGAAGGCGCUUGGUGCCCCCUGCCUUCUGGCCAAGGCCCUGGGGGGUACCUUUGCCGACCAGAAGAUCUGUCGCGGCUGCCCACACCGGUACUCGCGAGAGGAGUCCUUCACCACGCUCAACAUUGACAUCCGCAACCACAGCAACCUGCUCGACUCGCUCGAACAGUACGUCAAGGGGGACCUCCUGGAAGGGGCCAAUGCCUACCACUGCGACAAGUGCAACAAGAAGGUGGACACGGUCAAGCGGCUCUGCAUAAAGCGCCUGCCCCCGAUCCUGGCCAUCCAGCUGAAGCGCUUCGACUACGACUGGGAGCGCGAGUGUGCCAUCAAGUUCAACGACUACUUUGAGUUCCCCCGGGAGCUGGACAUGGAGCCGUACACGGUGCGGGGCCUGGCCCGACUCGAGGGGGAGCUCAUGGACGAGGAGGCGGCCGAGAGUGAGCUGGGCACCACUCGCUACCGCCUGACGGGCAUUGUGGUGCACAGCGGACAGGCCUCUGGGGGCCACUACUACUCCUACAUCUACACCAGGCCCCCUGGUGGUGCAUAUCGGUGGUACAAGUUUGACGAUGGCGAAGUGUCCGAGUGCCGCAUGGAGGAGGAAGAGGAAAUGAAGAACCAAUGCUUUGGGGGCGAGUACAUGGGCGAGGUGUUUGACCACAUGCUGAAGCGCAUGUCCUACCGGCGACAGAAGCGCUGGUGGAAUGCCUACAUUCUGUUCUACCAGCGAGCACCCCUGGCCGAUGCCAUGGCGGGCCUGAGCAUAAACCCCAAGGUGGCUGCUAUGCCCCGGAUGCCAGCGGCCAUUGAGCGCAGCGUGUGGCGACAGAACAUCAAGUUCCUGCACACCCGCAACCAGUUCAGCCCUGAGUACUUCCAGUUCACCAAGAAGCUGGUCAGCUGCAACACACCCUUUGUCACACUGGCACCCGACCAGGACAGGCUGACACCCGAGGCUGAGGAGCUGGCCCUGGUGAGCAUGCAGCUGGCCUCCAAGUUCCUCUUCCAGACAGCGUUCCACACCAAGAAGACACUCAGGGGCUCUGCCUCGGACUGGUACGAAGUGCUGUGCGUGCACCUGCGGCAUUCUCGCAAUGUGCGGCUCUGGUUUGCGAACCAGGUGCUGUUUGCGCACCCUCAUCGACUGGCCGAGUACUUGCUCGAGUGCCCCACUACAGAGGUGCGCAGUGCCUUUGCCAAGAUCGUGGUGUUCCUGGCGCAUGCCUCGUCGAGGGACGGCCCAUACACGCCACUCUGCCCACCCAUCUCAACAAAUAUUGAUGGGGCAGGCCUGCUGUCAAACCCGAGUGCUGCCAGUCUGUCGGACCAUCUGCUGGGGGCUGUCCUGUCGCUUGUCAACAAGGAGGUGUCAGAACAUGGUCGUCACCUGGCCCAGUACUUUGGCUUCUUCUACAUGUACGCCUGCUACGGAGUCGCCGAGAGGUUGCAGCUGCUGCGUCUGAACGUGCUGGGCACACUGAUGCUGGUUGCACUAGAUGAGGGGCCUGGCCCACCCAUCAAGUACCAGUACGCCGACCUGAGCAAGCUGUACCAGCUGGUCUCCCUGCUUGUGCGCUGCUGCGACGUCUCCUCCAAGACACACUCCUGCCUGCCUAAUGCGGCACCCCUGGCCAACCCGCACAUGGGCGACCAGCUGUGCCAGGAGUACCUGAUGCCCAUCCAGCCCCAGGUGGCUGCAUGCCUCUACAACAAGAGCAGCUAUGUGAAGAAGGUGAUUGAGGAUGCAAGCGGUGCCGAGGACACACUCAAGCUGCUGCAGUUCUGCUCGUGGGAGAACCCCCAGUUCUCGUCAGCCGUGCUAGGGGAGCUGCUGUGGCAGGUGGCGUACACGUACACGUACGAGCUGCGGCCCUUUGUCGACCUGCUGCUGGGUGUGCUGCUGCUCGAGGACUCGUGGCAGGUUCACCGCAUCCACAACGCACUGCGGGGCCUCCCCGACGACCGGGAGGGCCUCUUCGACACGAUCCAGCGCUCCAAGAGCCACUACCAGAAGCGGGCCUACCAGUGCAUCAAGUGCCUGGUGGCGCUCUUCGACUCAUGCCCAGCGGCAGCCCACAUGCUGCACGCCAAUGGUGAGCUCAAGCGCAAGUGGGCCGCCGCCGUCGACUGGCUCAACGACGAGCUCGAGCGGCGCCCCUACGGAGCUGGCAGCCAGUAUGGCUACAGCCAGUGGUCGCCACCAGCCCAGUCCAACGAGACAUCUAAUGGCUACUUUUUGGAACGAUCUCAUAGUGCCCGGCUCACAUUGUCGCGUGCCAUCCAGCUUUGCCCUGAAGAGGAGCCCGAGGAGGCCGAGUUGCCAGAGGAGGCGCCGGUCUUCGCACCACCCGCCCUGCGCUACCAGGCCGAGGAGCAGCCGCCGAGCAAGGAGGAGCAGCCCCGCAGGACCGACGAUGCCUGACUCUUCUGGUGUACAAACUAUUGUGCUGUGCAAGUUUAGCCUGAUGUGAUAGAGCGAUAAAGGCUCGUGCCACGCUUGGCUUGCCUUCUAUUCGCCUGUUUUCCGUCUUGUUUCUAAAUAAAAUGACACAAAUUGUUA